GAUAUCCACUUCCCAAAAGAUGAAUGAACCUAGGUUGUGUCUGCAGUUGAUCCUCUGUUCGUGUCGCUGAUGGGUAGCUAUCGGAGGGCACAACACCGCGAGUAGUAGAUCAGUGAUCAGCGAGAUGUAACAAGGUAGGGUCUUGCCGAGCGGCUCUGUCCCAUUCCAACAAUCACUGCUUCAUCCUCUCGCAGCAUCUCUGCAUGAACACCCCGUAAGAAAGAAUUAUCUCGAUUCAGCAAGAGUCAUCUACAUCUGCUCCCACAUGGUGUUAAUGAUACCUGUCAUCAGAAAGAAAAGGCCUCAGGUGGGAGCCUGGUAUGGCUGCCAUCCACGUGGAAGAUAUCACAGUGAGUCAAGACUCAAGACGAUGAUAUUUACUCUCUCACGUCAAGACCCCAUCCGCUCCUACAUGUUAUCCCCAUCUUCAAAAAUCCCCAUUUCCAAAAAAGUCAUACCAAAGAACACAACAUGUCUAUCCAAAUAUCAACAUUCUCGCCAGCCAGAAACCAGUCACUUCGGUCACUCCUACUCCAACUCCAACUCCAAGAUAUCCCCGAGACCGAAACCGUAUUCGGAUACCUCUCUCAACCGCUAUUGGCACAAGCAUCCUCCUCCGAUCGUCUCGCAAUCCUACAAAUGCUCCUUCCAAAGACCGAACUGCAGUUGGAAUACUGGUUCGGCUCCGACUCGAAUCCGCACAACUGGGCCAUCACAUUUCCCCAUCUGGUCCGUGAAGGCUCCAAGGCUCACGAUACUAUGCGACGCUAUUUCAAGACGAUUGACCAACGUCACCUUAAACUCACAUGGAAAGAAUUCUGCGCGUCGAGUGUCAAGGAUACGUUUUUCCAGCAUACGAAUACCGUCACGUUUGCUGUCAGGUUGCAAGGUCCGGCAUAUAUGUAUGUCAUCGCGACAUUCGGCUCCGAUACGCUGCCAACCUUCGAGGCUGAGUUUUUCGAACUCGAGGAGUGUUUUAUCACUCUGGACGCGGAUUAUAUUCGAGAGCAAGUUGAGAUGAAGCUGGAGAAGUGGAGUACGGAUUUCCUGGAGCCGAUUUCUUUGUCGACUGGUUUGAUAGAAGCUAUGGUGGAUGAUCUGAGGGAGAUGAAGGAUGGGGGAUGUUGGCCUUUGCCUUGCUUCUCUUUUGAUUCUUAGCAAGUAGUCAUCGUG